AUGGGAACUAGCCAGCAACUUCAGGUCGCCAUCAUCGGCGCGGGUAUCGCCGGUUUGACGGCGGCUAUCGCACUGAAGGACCAUCCCAGCAUCAACGUUCAGAUCUAUGACAAGGCCAAAGAGCUGCGAGAAGUCGGCGCAUCGAUUGCCCUGGGGCCAAAUGGUUUAAGAACGUUGGAGAAACUCGGCAUCAAGAAUGCGCUUGAUGAUGAAAUUGCUUUUCGCAAUAAGUCAGGUUAUCCCAUGAUCUAUCGACACUACAAAACGGGCGAGAUUGUCUCGACUGACGAGCAUCAUGGUGACGUUGAGCCCCGUCAUAAGACGGCUCGCUUCCACAGGCCGCACUUGCAGCAGGCUCUGCUCAAGCACAUCGAGCCUUCGCAAAUUCAUCUCAACAAAGCGUUCCGUGAGAUCGAGAACGACCAGUCCACGCGGAAGCUGACAAUCACUUUCACCGACGGCACCUUCAUCGAGGCGGAUGUCCUUCUCGGCGCGGACGGCAUCCACUCCGGCGUGCGGAGCUUCUACGUGCCGUCGUCUCGGUCGAAGUGGACCGGAUGGACGGCCUUCCGCGCCGUCUACCCCAUCUCGCACCUUGCCCAUAUUCCCGACAUCCCGGACGAGGCGGAACACUGGUGGGGCGUCGACCGGACGUGGUUCAUGUCGAAGCUGGGUCGAGAUUUGUUCUGCAUCGUCGCCUCGCACCAGAGCGAUCCGGAUGCGAAGGACGCGUUGUACAAGGACACGGUGUGGAACACGGACAGCGAUGUGAAUCUGCUCAAGGAGCACUACAAGGACUGGCAUCGGCUGGUGAGGGAGAUCAUCGAUGCUACGCCGGCGGAUUCCUUGAAGGUUUACCCUAAUGCGAGCGCGCACGGGUUGGACAGCUGGGUCCUUGGAGAGGGUAGGGUGACGUUUGCUGGCGAUGCGGCGCAUGCUCACGGUGGUGCGUUUGCUGCGGGCGGCAGUCUUGCUAUUGACGAUGCGUGGGCUUUCGCGACGGCGAUCAAGCAUGUGUUCCCUACCGAUGCGACGGAACUCCCAUCAGCGGGUGACAUUCAGAGGGUCUUGAGGCUGUACGAGAAGACGAGAAAGGCGCACACAGACCGAGUUCUCGACACAGUGCACUCGACGAAUGCCAAGAAGGUGGAGAGGGUAGGAAAGACUGAGACGGAUGAGGAGCUGCGGGCGCGGAUGAAGAAUCGUGUUGAGCCUGUUUGGAUUCACGAGCAUGAUGUUGAGGCGGUUUUCAGACAGGUGCUGGCUGAUGAGAAGGCGAGUGAGUUGAGGAAAGCGGAAUCGACUUCGGUACAGAUAGAGAGCCGACUCUAG